AUGGAGAAAACCAAUUCCAGAACAAGACCUUUCUUUUUCAUCUGCGCAUUUCUUGGCUUUCUAUUGAUAUUACUUAGCAGAAUUUGUGUCUGCAGUGCUGCAGAAAGUGAUUUGUAUUGCUUGAAAUCAAUAAAAGAUUCAUUACAAGAUCCUUGUAAUUCCUUGGGCUCUUGGGAUUUCAGCAAUGUUACCGAAGGCUUCAUCUGCCAAUUUAGAGGAAUUGAAUGCUGGCAUGAUUAUGAGAAUAAGGUAAUGAACAUUAGACUUUCAGACUCAGGACUAAUAGGUGAGUUUCCACAAGGCAUUCGAAAUUGUACAAGUUUGAUUGGUUUAGAUCUUUCAGACAACAACUUGUAUGGAACUAUCCCUUCAGAUAUUUCCGUAAUAGUUGAACAUGUUACAACACUUGAUCUCUCAAGUAACAAGUUUUCUGGCAAUAUACCACCUGACAUAGCUAAUUGUGAAUACCUUAACUUUCUAAUGUUGAACAACAAUAAUCUAGGAGGUGAAAUUCCAAGUAGAAUUGGUUCUCUAUCUCGCCUUAAUACAUUCAGCGUAGCCAACAAUAACUUGACAGGGCCAGUGCCAUCAUUUGUUAACAUACAAAUCACAGCUCACAGUUUUGCAAACAAUUCAGAACUUUGUGGGAAGCCCUUGAAAGAAUGUGAGUAUUAUGAGGAUUCUUGGAUUUGGAAACAUGUAGAUCGUGCUUCAUUUAUCGAGGCAUUUGUGUGUGGUUGGGUUAUCAACAAGAUAGUCUCAUUAAACAUAUGGAAGCUGAGGAAAGAGGACUUAACUUCAGGAAGUGAAGAGGAUUUAAGCAGCCACCAGAAGAUAUUAAUGUUGGAGAAGUUUGUUACAAGAAUGAGCUUCACCGAGCUGGAAAAUGCAACUUCUGAUUUUAGUGAAGAUUAUUUGGUAGGUAAUGGAAUGUUGGGCAAAGUGUACAAAGCAAUUCUACCAAAUGACUGGACACUUGCAAUCAAGAAGCUGAAUGACUCAGAGAACUUGGAGGACGAGUUUGUCUCGGAGAUUACAACUCUUGGUGGUCUGAGGCAUCGGAACCUAUUGCCUCUUAUAGGUUUCUGUGUUGAAAGGGAAAAAAAACUUCUCGUUUACAAAUACAUGUUUAAUGGAAAUCUUCAUGAAUGGCUGCACUCGAACGAAGACAAGGCCAAGAUUUUAGACUUCCGUCUUAGAGUUAAAAUUGCACUUGGGAUAGCAAAAGGUGUAGCUUGGCUUCAUCAUGGUUACAAAUUGCACGUUGCACACGGAAGCAUAAGCACACGAUGUAUCUUGCUAGAUCAAAAUUUUGAGCCCAAAAUAUCCAACUUUUGGGAAGCAAAAAUUUGGAGUAAGAAUGAUACAGCAUUAAGUUGGAGUCUUUUCCCAGUAGCUGAAUAUUCAUGUUUAGGUUCUUACAAGAAAGACAUCUACUGCUUUGGCGUCCUGCUUCUCGAGCUGGUUACAGGGAAGGAACCGCAUGAAUUGACAAGCUCGAGAAAUCUGUUUGAUCACUCGCCUUGUCUACUUGAUGCAGAUAAAGAUUUGCUUGGGAAAGGAAUCAACGAUUUGAUCCUCGAAUUUCUAGAGUUAUCUUGUGACUGUGUGAAGUUCUUUCCUAAUGAAAGGCCAACAAUGCUGAAAGUUUAUGACAAACUCAAGACAAUUUCUCAAGGUCGAAACGACGACUAG